GCCGCCAAAAUGUUCCAUAUUCCUUACCAACCUAUCUAUCAGCUCAUCUUUUUCACAACCCAGAAAUGGUGCCAAGCAUUAUCCCAAAACCAAAAGAGAGAGAGAGAAGAAAAAAAAAACCCGCAGAAAUGCAUAAAUCGAUCGAUCGCCUUUAAUUAUUCCUCUGAAGAUUCUUUAACUCCAUCUUCACCCAGCAUUUGCACGCGCGAUAUACCAUUUCGCCAACAUGCAUAAGAACACUAUAUAAGCAUGCCUUCCCUAACCUCUCAAAUGCAAGCACAACCAGCAGAUCAGCAUCACUAACAAGUGACACAACCUCGAUCGAUCGGGCGAUCACCGCCGGUGACAUCCAUCCAGCCAAAGAUCCCGGCGCAUUCCGCGGCCAGGUCGUAGUCGCCGGAGACGGGGAAGAAGACACUAGGCACAUAGACAUUUGCAUAUAUAGAGAUGGACAGGGUGACAAGGCUGGCGUCGCAGAAGGCGGUGGUGGUGUUCAGCAAGAGCUCGUGCGGCAUGUCCCACGCCGUGACGCGCCUGCUCCGGGAGCUCGGCGUCGACGCCCGCGUGGUGGAGCUCGACGAGGAGCCCGCCGGCGCCGACAUGGAGAACGCGCUCGCCGGGAUGUUGCUCGCCGGCACCGCCGCCAACGGCGGUGGCCGCGGCCGCGGCGUCGUGGUGCCGACAGUGUUCAUCGGCGGCAGGCUCGUCGGCUCCACCGACCGGGUCAUGUCGCUCCACGUCGCCGGCGGCCUUGUCCCGCUCCUCCGCGACGCCGGCGCGCUCUGGGUGUAG